AAUAAUUUUCUGUUUUCUGAUUGUUCAAUACAUUAAAUUGUUUCCAUUUUGAUUUUGUUUAAUUGACCGUCGAUAAUUUUCAAUUAAAGUGACCAUGGUAGAUUCAGAUGAUGUCGACAAGACAAUUGCUCAGGACAUCGUUGUCACCAAGUACAAAAUGGCUGGUGAAAUAGUUAAUCGUGUCCUGAAAACAUUGAUUGCCCAAUGUAAGGCUGAUGAAAGUAUUACCACCUUGUGUGAACUUGGUGAUAAAAUGUUAAGUGAAGAGACUGGUAAAGUUUUCAGGAAGGAUAAAGAUGUGAAAAAAGGAAUCGCUUUUCCUACCUGUGUAUCUGUUAAUAACUGUAUCUGCCAUUUCUCACCUCUUAAAAGUGAUCCUGAUAUAAAGCUAAAAGAUGGAGAUGUUGUUAAACUAGAUUUAGGAGCUCAUAUCGAUGGAUUUAUCGCAGUUGUUGCUCAUACUUUAGUUGUUGGUGCUUCAAAGGAAAAUAAAGUCAAAGAACGAAAAGCGGAUGUUAUUCUUGCCGCUCAUUAUGCGGCCGAAGUUGCGUUGAGACUGGUCAGACCUGGAGGUGAGAAUUACGCUGUAACCGAUGCUAUUCAAAAAGUUGCCGAAUCUUACAACUGUAAGCCAAUAUCUGGAAUGCUUUCGCAUCAAUUGAAACAGUUUAGAAUUGAUGGAGAAAAAUCGAUCAUUCAAAAUCCAACUGAGGCCCAAAGAAAGGAACACGAUCGUUGUGAAUUCGAAUUGCAUGAAGUCUAUGCUGUAGAUAUUCUUAUAACUACCGGUGAAGGAAAAGGACGAGAACUGGACGCCAAGGUUACUGUCUAUAAAAAGACUGAUGAGAUUUACCAAUUAAAGAUGAAAGCAUCUAGAGCCUUCUUUAGUGAAGUAGAAAAGAAAUUUGGAAACAUGCCUUUUACUAUGAGAGCUUUGGAAGAUGAGAAAAAGGCCCGUAUGGGUGCUGUAGAAUGUGCUAAUCAUAAAUUAAUCGAGCCUUUCGUUGUUCUCUUUGAGAAAGAAGGUGAAUUUGUAGCGCAAUUCAAAUUCACUGUACUCUUAAUGCCCUCAGGAUCCCAUAAGAUAACUGGCCUUCCAUGUGACCUAGAUUCUUACGAAUCUGAACACAAGAUUACAGAUGAUAGUAUUAAGAGUUUGCUAGAGAAAGGAACCAAAGCGAAAACAAAGAAGAAAAAAUCAGCCACCAAGACCGAAUCAGCUGAAGGAGGUGAUGGUGCCGCUGGAAAUACUCAGGCUGGAGAUUGAUCAAACUUUUAACAAACUUUGAUCUUCGAAUCUGCUGAAACUGUACAUUCUCCGUCGUUUGUUUGGAUUUCAUCUUGAAAAAAAAAGAUCUUUAAAAAUGGAAUCAACAAUUGAACUGAAUGUUUUCAACACUAAUAAAAAGCCAGAAACAUUUUGUUUGAAAAAGAAACAACUUGCAACAAUUAAA